UAUAGAAUAAAAAUUAUUGGUGAUGUAGGAGGCUUAUUUUUAACAAAAUGUUGCAGACUGCUAUGUUUCUCCUGUUUGGUAUAUUCUCCUUUACAUUGUUAGCAGGAACAACGUUCAAGCUUGUCAGGUUUCUUUCCACACAACCUGAUCAAGAAUAUGUUAUUAAAGAUUCAUCAAACCUAGUUAUGAUAGUGGUAGACUUUUGUCUUUUACUGCUGUUCAUGGUACAACAUAGUGUGAUGACAUCAAAAUCAAUAAAGAAAGAGUUAUGGCCCUUGUGUAAACCUCUCUACAGAACAUUGUAUACAAUAUCCACUUGUGUAGCUCUCCAGACAUUGAUGUAUUUCUGGCAGAGAACAGACAUAAGUUUAUGGUUGAUUAACACAGAAGAUGCUCCUCUCACCUCCCUUUUCUUCACAUUAGUACAAAUAUUUUGUUGGAUGAUUCUGUUUUUGGAGAAUACAUUGACAGAGCCGUUCUUCCUAAUUGGAAUCAAGCAGCUGUAUAACUCUAUACAAGGAUACAGAUCCCCCAAGAGAUUCUUUAGUCGUCAGUUUCAGGAACUUCUCUCUCACAUGCCCCAUCCUGGUACAACCUGUUUUAUUUUGAUCCUGUGGGUGUUCCCAAUAAUGACCCUGGAUCGGUGGUUGUUAGCUACGGUGCUGACGAUGUACAUGUGUAAGUCUUACAGUGUGACACAUCAGGAUUACCUAUACACAGAACAACAGAUACAAACAGCUGAGUAUGUCACUAUGUCAACAUCAACUACCAUUACAGAAUAGAAUGAUGCAACCUAUGUUAUGAAGGAGGAAGUUUGAGAAACAGUCUGUUAUUCUUUAAAAAAUAAGUAACAGGGCUGUUCUAUGAUAUUAGAAACCACUGCCAGUAGGACUAUUUAUUAGAUGCUUUGAACACAAGGUAGAUGUUGCUGUAGUAGUAAGGUUUAUAUAAAGUGUUAUAUCCAUGUUAUUUCAAGUGCUAUGUACAUGUUAUUGUCUAGAUAAAGGUUAUUUUAGUUAAAUAAAUCAGGUGGCUUAGGAGAUUAUCAAGCUUAGCUUUGAGCAAAAAUUAAAUGAUAUUAUUUUAGAAUUUAUGGGUUGACCACUUAAAAUUUCAGAUUUUUAUUAACAUAAGCAUAUGCAGACUAGAUUACAAGUAUUUGAAUGAGAUAGACCUAGGAAGACCCUAAUAUUUUCAUUAGAAUAUAUACUCUCUGACAUAUUAUAAAGAGCUAUUGAAGAAGAAAAGAUAAAUUUAGAUUAUCAAACAAUUGAGAUGUACAUUUAUUAAAUAUAUAACUUGUUUAUUAUUUUGUCAAUUAACAUUGACUUUCUUAAGGUUACUUAAUAAUUUUUUGACAUCAUAUGGCAGAUUGAUAACCGAAAAUUUCUGGAAGGCAGCAUGUACCUUUGACCUAAAACAGUUUUUGUUUCUCUAACUUUUGUUUGCCUCAACCAAAUGUUCUAAAACAAUGCUUAUUACCACAAAACGUAGAAUUUGGGUUGAUUCAUUUUUAUCGUUUUUGAGUUAUACCCCUU